AUGAAGGAGUGGGAGCAGCAGCAGGAGAUGAAAGAGAUGCAGCAGAUGGGCGAGGAUGCUCUGUUCCUGAUGUCGACGCCUGUCGACGCGACUCCCCUGGAGAAGAAGAAAGAGAGAAUGAGGAAGCGCCUCUCGCCGCUGCCCAUGCGGAUUUUGGGUGGCAUCCUGGACAAGAUGUGGCUCCUGCGAGUAGGAGCCUGCGUCGGGUACUUGUUGCCUUUCCUCAAUGCCCUGGACUUCGGGGAGAUCUCUAUUUCGCUCUACCCGUAUGCCGUUGGGGUGCCGCCGACUGAGCCCCUGGUGAACUUCUUUCAGAACACCUUGAAAAUGCGAUAUUUGUAUGGGGCCUACUUGAAGUCCGGCUACUACUUCCUCAUUGUCUGGUUCAUCUUCAUUCAGACGGCCGUGAGAAACAAGGCGGCGCCCUUCUACGUGCGCUUCCACUCGUCACAGGCCAUCUUGAUCUCUAUGCUCCUUGGGGUGCCUCAGCAGGUGUUCUUUGCCGUGUUGAACCCCUGGGAGUCGGGACUUGUGGUGCAGACCAUCAUGUACCACAGCAUGGUCUCGAUUUGUUUGUUCAUCUUUGCCUUGCUGCUUUGGUGCUGCUGCAACGCCCUCCUGAAGCGCCAGAUGACAAUGCCGCUUGUGUCAGAGGCAGCUGUCAUGUGGGCUGGCAAAGAGUAG